CUUCGAAUGUCGGAUUCUUAGUCUGAAAGCGAGUAGAGCGAUUCACUAUUUUGCCGAAUGCGAUAUAGCAAAGUUCUGUGUGUGCAUAACCCGAUUUAAUGUGUCACUGAGGCGGCGGUGCGCUGUCUGGAAUCAAUCGAUAUCGCUGUCGUUCGGUCUGCUCGCACCCCCCAUCCCUCAACGGACGGACGGGUCAUCUCGACACAAUUGCGCUAUUGCGCACUGCAUUUUGCUAUGAAUAUCACUCAUUCUUGGAUGAGACUGUAGUCCUCCACUACUCAAUAGAUGAAAGUAUUGUCCUUGUGGACAGUUCGGCAUCGUUGCUCUGCGCCGUCAAAUCCACCAAGCCAACGUGAUGGCGAUGGUCAAGUAUUGGGGUGACGAGAAACACGUGGAUGCUGUGUAUGCGGUAUAUUUGAAGAAGGUUAGGUACGUCCCUCCUCCAGGAUAUGACGGCGUUCCGAGAUACCGUGCCAUCGAUCCUGACCGGCCCCAGCUCCAGUGCCCAUGCCCGGGAUCCGAUCAUCUUCAGUGGGAGAGUGUCAAGGAACGCGUAAUCAAAGCAGGGACCAUAGAAAAGCUUGUAGAAUGCCUCGUCAGUGCUGAUGGCACUAUGGAUUCGCGGCACUUUAAUGUUUUCUUUGCCACCUACAGAGCGUUUGCAGAGCCGAUAAAUGUACUGGACAGGUUGUUACGUCGCUACGAGUCGCUUGAGAAUGAAGUGAAUUCGAGUACAUCCGCUCUUGUUAUACAAAACUCCAUCCGAUCGAUACUAAUCUGUUGGUUGGACAUGUACCCAGAAGACUUUUACGAUCCUGAUUGUGACUUCUCCAUGCUCACCAAUUUGCUGGAUUUCGGGCAGCGCAGCCGCUUGUCAGAUCUGCGAGCGAAGUCGAGGAAGCUUUUGGAGCGCUUCAAGCAUAUUCAGGAAGAAGGCGGGAUGAUAGCCGCACUUCCCUCUUUGGAUCAACUUGCCUCUGCCUUUGGCUACGAUGCAUCGGAGUACUCCAGGAAUCCUCAGGAAAGAGUAAAAAUGUUCGACGUUGGGAGCGAGAAUUGCGUGCAAAUUGCUGAGCAGCUGACGUUUUGGGAUGCGGAGCUCUUCCGUGAACUCAUUAUCCAUCAGUGCCAAGGGUGUGUAUGGUCGAAAAGGCACAGGCUACCGAAUGAGAAAGUGUACACCGUCAAAGCAACCAUAGAUCAGUUCAAUGCGGUUUCGCAACGGGUCAUGACAAGUAUCGUACUGCCAGAUUGUCGGCCGGAUUUCCGAGCCAAGAUAAUAGCGAAAUGGAUUGACAUCGCCAGGGAGCUUCGGGCAUUGAAGAACUUUUCGUCAUUGAAGGCGGUACUAUCGAGUUUGCAGUCCGAGCCAGUGCACCGAUUGAAAUCCGUAUGGGCUCUCGUUCCAAGUCGAUCAAUGGCGCAGUUCCGCGAUCUUUCCGCUAUCUACGACAUGGACGAAGAGGGUGACGAACGGAACGCUCGACGUAUACUGGAGCAGGAAGGAACGGCCAAGAGUUCGCCGCUGAGACGACCGCAACUCGUUCAGAACUGUCGACGUACGAAAAGUGAUGUGAAUCUAGCUGAGUGUCAGGGUACUGUGCCUUACCUCGGGUCGUUUCUCACUGAUUUGACCAUGAUUGACCAGGGAACGCAGGAUUUCACUGAAGACGGUCUUAUCAAUUUUGAGAAGCGCCGCAAGGAGUUUGAAGUCUUGGCAAAGUUGCGGCUCUUCCAGUCAGCUGCUCGAGCUUACCAUAUUCCUAUGGAUCGUGUAUUUUGUGCAUGGUUCCACUUCUUACCCUGCUUGUCUGAAAAAGAGUGUUUUAACCGUUCUUUGGAAAUAGAGCAGUCGACAGUGGUGUCAACGCCCGACCUUAAUUCGCGUCAUAACACUUCGCAAUCAAAUGGCAACUCAAAUGUGUUGGCAAAAAGCAACACACUCGCUCGACUUUUCAACACGUCGAAGCUCAGCGAAGAUAGCAAUGCGAAUGUCUCCCAUUCGCACUCUCACUCUCAGUCACAAUCCAGCUACACAGAUCCAGUCAUUGAGCCUGGUGUAAGUGCGGCGUUAUCCCCAAUGGCGGUGCGACUCUCGAACGAUAGCUGCACCAACUACGACGAGUGGAUUGACGGUCGCGUUGACGGUGGACCUCCUGGGCCUGUGUCGCUUUCGCGGACAUUGUCACGGACUGCGCCAGGUGUCCAGUCGUUUACAGCGCCAUCUACGCCAGCGAGCUCGGUGUCCUACAAAGGAUGUGAGUUCUCACCGCUGGAUGUGUUUCCUCAUAAACGGGCGUAUAGUGGCGACUCGACGCAGGAAGUUGAAGCCUCUAUGUCAACUACCAUGCCGGAAUGUUCGAAAGCAUGUCACGACCAUUCACGUAUGGACUGUUGUGACAUGCCAAGCUGUAGUGCUUCCGUGCCUGAUCACAUCAAACGAGGAUUGCAUCAGAGCGAUGCUUCAACUUGUUCAUCGUCAUCGUAUCAAUCUUCUGGACCGCAGACGGACACAGGAUCGUUCCAUCUAGCUCGAGUAGGACUUGAUGAUGAGUUUCAGUCGCCUUCUGGUUGUGCCAAUUAUAAGUGCAUCAAGGUGAAAAAUGGUGACCGUAUGAACGAUCUGAUAACUAGGGCACUGGAGAAGCACCUGAUAGAGAGUCCAGAAGACGAAUAUUGCCUUGUACAACUUCUUCCAAAUGGAGGUGAAUUUCAACUGCCGGAUAAAUGCAAUCCGUACUAUGCUGUGGCCCCGGAUCCCACAUCCCCCAUGUUGAACCUUUUAUUGCGAAAACGCAAAAAUGCAUCAAAUGGUGACGGAUCGUCACCGCAGGUGGAGCAGUGGUUAUCUGUAAUUUACACUUUGCAAUCAUCAUACUACUUAUUGCUCCAAAAAUGUUCAAAUCACUUUUAUCGUGAUAAUAGCAAUAAUAGUCACUACUUCCCCAAUACUGAGUAUGAUAACGAGGCUGCGAAGCUGAUGGUGAGUACUCGCUCUGGAAGACGGACAUCACUUAGAUUAGCAAAAGCAAUGAGAGAACAGAGCUUUUCAUCUUCUCCCCCAGAGCUAAAUUCUUCACCCGGUACACAUCGGCUAGACAAAGUUUACGACCUGCCAUCACAUUCGACGACUGAAGACAGUCACGAUGAUGUCCCUAAAAUGAAGUUGCUCACAAGUGGAAAGCGUUCUAGAAGCUCGAAGGUCACAUCCAAUCCCAACAUGCAACAAAAGAGAUCACCGUCAAGACUGAGUCCUCGUGCAAAACAAUCUCGCAUUGAUGUUGGCGACCAAGCGCUUAUGCUGCGAGAGGCUCUCGAACUUGCUUUUCCGUCUACACCGUCAAGCAGUUCUACGGUUGUGAAACCACUGAAGAACAGGCAAAGAAAGGAAGGAAUUGUAAGCGCUGAUAGGCCAACAAAUAAGGAUCCGUCGUCUCCACGAGAUGGUGGUAACGUAUCUGCGCCAGUAACACCGUCUGUGAUUUUAAGGCAUCGCCGACGCAGCAACUUCUUCGGUAAUGCACUUGUCACAACUAAGUCGAAGGCGAGCACCUCAAGAGUUGUGGUUUUGAAGGCAGAUCAUCCGAAGCAAGCAUCCAUCACACUCCCUGACAAACCAUCAUCAAAUGAGAAUAGUAAGCAACUUGCUGCAAGUGCUGAUAGAAUUUCAAACAAGGAUUCGCCAUCUCCGGAACUGGGCUACGCAUCUGCUCCUCCAAUGUCGUCUGGGAACUCCAGAAGGGGUCGUUCGCAGCGCAGUAAGGCUUUCGAUAAGUUAAAUGACGCGAAUAUAUUAGAAGAGACCACUACAAAACAAUCUCCUAGAGCUUCACUUCCGAAGCCAAGUAAGUCGAAGCAAACGCCUAUGGCACCAAACACACCACCGUCAAGGGUGUCCACGCCAAAGAACUUGGCAGAGAUUCCUUGUGCAUCAACCGAAGUUACAGCGACAUUUGCAUGUAAGGACCUUGAUAGUUGUGAAGCCACUACUAGCCAUGGUUCUUUCUCUUCUACAUUUCAAGUUUCACCAAAAUCGAUCAAGAGUAGCCGAACCGUUCGCUUUUGUAACGAGAGCGCCAACGAAGUCCACAUCAUACCUGCUGUAAAAACCACGCUUCCCUUUGCCGAACAGAUGACGAGGGAAAGAGAAGCGGAGGCAGAAGAAUUGCUAAGAUUGCAAACAGUAGAAGAAGUUUUGGAUGAAGUCGUUGAAGACGAAAACAUUGUACCGAAAUGUGGAAGAAUUGUUAUUGGGAAGCGAUAUAUAGCUGUGGAUCGGUUUGUGCGUAGAGACGAGUGCCGUUACCAUUUUCUCACUCAUGCCCAUGUUGACCACUUUGUCACGCUCAGUAAAACUUGGAAGUUGCCAAUUUAUUGCUCAGAACUGACAGCAAAAAUGAUGCCGAUCAUCUUGGGAGCGAAGGCACCAUCUAAGAAGCUGUUCCGGCCGUUGAAAGUUGGAGAAACGCAUACUAUCGAACCAAACCUACAUGUCACUGUCCUCGAGGCUAACCAUUGUAUGGGUUCAGUUAUGUUCCUCUUCGAAGGUGCUUCUAUUCCUGGAGGAAGUGUCCUAUGUACUGGUGAUUUUCGAGCUGAUGAACAAAUGCUAGCUCGUUUUGAAUAUGACCCGUCGUUUCAAAAGUUGGCUGAGGCUCCCAUAUCGAAGAUCUAUCUGGACAACACUAAUUUUGACCUUGAAGCCUCAGUUCCGCAACGCUCGGAAUCAGUAAAAAUGCUCAUGGAGGAAAUGGAUAAGCUGCGGGAUUGUUCAAUCUUGAUUCCACUGUAUAACGUAGGAAGAGAAGAAGUAUUGGAAAGAUUGAGUGAAAAUCUCUCUGAGCCUAUUUCCAUAAGCGCUCAACGGCUUGCCAUUUUGAAGGCCUGCGAUCUGAAACGUAGUGGAUUUAGUGACGAAACAGAUACAAUAGCUCGCAUACGAACGUCGCGGAGGCAGCAAAACCAAGUUUUGUCUGCUUUGAAAAAGAUGGCGAAGCCAGUAGCGGUUGUGGACCUCUCGCUUCGUGACGAUUACAAGGACGUGAUAAAAGAAAAUCUUGUGACUAUACCGUAUUCUGACCAUUCCUCGAGGGAAGAAAUCCGAUCGUUUUUGUCAAGGUUACGCUUUGGAGAACUAAUUCCUACUGGAGCACCCAUGAAAAUUUCUUCUGCAGAGGAACUCAUGGAGCUGUCACGAGAAAAGAUUACCCCUGCAACUGCUGAUGAUAUUCAGACGAACAUGGAGUCUCGAUCUACUCAACUGGAUGAGACGGAAAUCUCUACGACUUUACCAGUGUUGAAAUGGGACUGGAGUUCUCUAGAGCCUGUGAAUACUGAUGUCUUUAAGGUGCAGGGGUUGAAUCUGCUGGAUUUUGCGUCUUGGGUCAACCCAGGAAAGUGCGUGACGCGCAGCAUUAGCACGAGCCCAAUUAAGGUGAAGAUCUUACCUCCUCAAAUUUAACUACUGUAAAUUGUACAACUUAGCCCUAUUUCUCAUUUUGCGCUGUGUCAUACA